AAAAAAAACCACAUCCCAACCCGGAUGUUUUUAACUGCGGUGGGAAUUCCCCAAAUUUCACAAUAAACGACAUUUUGAAAAUUUCGAGAGCAAAAGGAAAUGGAAGCAACCACCGAGAACUCCUCGCAAUUGCCGGCGUACACGGCUCUGAAAUGGGGGGAGUUUGUCGCAAAUCCUCAUUUAUUGUACAACUUGUGUCCAGGGUCCUCGAAUCGCAGAGAGGACAAUGUGAUAAACAUGGCAGGAAUAUGGACUAACCCCAAUAACAGGGAGUUUAAAGUGGAGAGUAUAGAGGAACUAGAGCGGCUCAGGAAUGACCUGUUGACAAAGCCGAUCUUGUUUCACGUGAAACUGCAGCAUCAUAAGACUGAGCAUUACGUAGUAAUGAAAGUCCACAAGACUUGGAAAGAUGAGUUCGCAGUCCUUGUAAACACCAGGCACCCAGGGAUCCGAGAAGUACUGACCCACAAGUUGUUGGAGAUCACUCAGCACAUGCAAGAGGGCAAAAAGUUCUGUCUGAAGCUAAACUUUGGCCUAGCAAUGAAGCAGUGGUACAGUGGGGCUGUAGACUCGCAACCAGAUCUAUGUGACAACAGGCGGAGCAGCGACUCGGGACACAUGGAAAUUGCAAUCCACAACUACUCGACUCCAGUGGACUGCUGCAUGAACCCACUGUGUAUUGUGGGUUGCUUCCCUUUCUGGCUUCUUCUCGGAGGACCAUGCUAUUGUAUUCACAGAACUAGGAAAUGUAUCGACGAUUCCCACGAUUUUCGGGAUCUACCUGUUGUCCUAAUUACAGGGGUGAGUUUGAGGGUUACAGUGAGGCAAAACAUGCCACCACCAGGACCACCACAGCACUACAACCCCCAGGGACCACCCCAGUACUACAACCCCCAGGGACCACCAGCCUACCAACCUGGGGUAGGGCCAGGGAACUAUGGCCCCACACCACCCCCACCUUACCCUGGCAACAAUUGUUAGACAAUUGUAAAAAAAGGGGGUUUAGUGGUUUUGUGCAGCAGUGUUCAAUGCUUGUAAAUAUUACAGUGAUAUUGUAAGAUGACUAUUAAACGAGAGGGUCAGAGAACUGCAUGGUUGUGGCUAUUUUUAGAUUAUUUUCAUCCUCUUUUUAAUCGCAGAUAUCGAUCUAUAUUGAGAUGGAGGAAAAUGUUCAAAUUCUGAAAAUAUUUGAUUUUUUUUUCUGUACUAAAUGAUAGCCAAACAUACAAUUAUUGAAAACCUGGAAUCUCAGCAAUUUUGAGCAUUUUUUUUUUUAACAACUCUGUAGAAUAUGAUAUUCUAUUCAGAGACAGCACAAUUUGUAUUGUUAACUUUGAUAUAUUUCAUGCUUGUACAUGUAUUUACAUUGGUUUCUUUGGAAGCAUCAAAUGAAGCUGUACAAAUUAAGUGUUCUCUUCUUCAUGUUUUGAUAACUGCCUCAUUUUCACAUUCAUGAGAGAUUUUUUUCAGAAAAGUAUUGAUUGUUUACCAUUUGAUACAAUUAAGGGGGCUGGAUGGUCGCAGCCAUUUUUCAUAGACUAAAUUGACCCUCUUUAGAAGAGGAGCUAUAACAUGUAAUAAAGAUCUAGAAAAAUUUUAAUGAUCAAAAGCUAAAAUCUAUUGAUUUUUUCUUAACUAAAAUAUAGUUUAUAGCUUCACAAAUCAUAUCUAUAAAACUAAGGUAGAUCUGAUGUUUGAUUUGUUGUCCUUUAUAUUUCAUUUCGAAUUUUCCCUAAGUUUGAUUUUAACAUGUUUUCUUUUCAUACAGUUAAUUAUGUUGUAUCUACUUACUGAAAUUUCUGGUUAGUGAUAACAGCUAAACAAAUAAUAAAGCAAACCAUGAGUCUAUUAUUAUUAUUUUUUUAAAAUGAUUUUGUAGAUUGAUCUGAAUUUUUUAAGAAUAUAUAUAUGUAUAUAUAAAUACAUGUAACAUACAUGUGCAUAACAUGUGUUGUUUAAAAGGAAAAUUUAUGGUAUGGGGUCGAUGUUGGUUUUUUUUAAAUGUAAUAUUGUGCCACAAUCUUGUCAUUGUGUGUAUGAAUUACAAUUUUGAUAUAAAUUCAGCACGCGGGAUUAGUAUCCCAUAUUUGUGUUUUUGAAUUUAGCAUUUUAUAAGUACAUUGUUGGUAAUAAACCUGUUAUUGGUUCAUUUUUAUUUUAUCUCUGAUCAGUUGACUUAUAUGGAAUAUGUGGAAUGACUGAAUCUAAUUUGAUUUUCCGUAUUAUAUAGGUCUAGAUAAAGGCCAAAUUUAGAUAUUGUUGUGUUUGUACUUCUCUGUGGCAUUAUUUUGCUUGGUUGUGAACAAAUAAAGAACAAUUUUAACGGCUGCUGAAUUUGCCCACAUAUUGCCAGUAGAAUACAUUCAUCGGAUUAGCCUGUCCACAAAUGUAGAAACUGCAGUGAAGGAUUGUGGUAAUUGCUCAGAUUUGUUUAUAAAUCUGUUAAUAACAUAAAUAUAAUUAAUUACCUGCAGAAGGUCAUUUUUCAUCCAUAUUUGCAACAAAACUCAGCUAAAGUAUACAUGUAGCAAUUAACGGUAUAUGGUUUUUGUACAUCAUAGUUUACAAUGUGCCAUGUAAUAUGUUACUUGGAAAUGCCAAAAUAAUUUAAUGAUCAUCGAGAUUUUACAACUUUCAUACUUACCCGUGUGGAACUGGUAGUCUACUUAUGAUAAUUGAUAUUAGUAAAUUAUUAAUAGACUAUAAUUAUGUGUAGCUUUGUUUUGCCAUAUACUACCAUAUUCAUUGCAUUGUAAUGAUGACAUUUUUGCAUGCAUGCAUGUCAAUUUAGGAAAUACAAUGUUAUCAUGUGGGUUUUUUUUUUUGUUUUUUUUUAGAAAUAAGCCAUUUAUAAGUAACUUAUCAUUGAAAAUGUUUGAAAUAAUCUUAUACAUGUAUUUAUCACUGCUCCACAGCACGUACAGUGAAAAAUUUACUUAAUUGACAGUGUUUAUUCAUUGAGAAGUAGAGGUUUUUUUUUGAAAAAGCAGCUCUCCUUUCAAAAUUAUGUCAUUGUUUAAUGUCCUGCAGAAUCUUUUAUGAAUUAGGUAUGAAAAAGAGAAAUGUAUGAGUUCUUAUAUGUAGUCAAGGUUACGCAAACUUGAUGUAAAAUGCAAUUUCUGAUUAAUAUUGUGUAUACUUAAAAGAAACGAGUUAACUGUAUUUAGUGCAAUACAAAAUCACAUAUUUUUUAAUCCCAUAUUUUUUGUCAAAUUCACUAAAUAAAUGCUUAUGUACACUAAUUAAUAAUUUAGGUGUAUUAUGUAUAGUAUUAAAGUUCACUAACUGCAAGUAUAUAUAUGGUAUUUAUGAUACAAAUUUAUUGUCAGAAGCAGAGACACUGUUGUGCAUUUAUAUACUGCUAUAUAAGUUGAAGGGAGAGGCCGAAUUAUGUUUUUAUAGCUUGUGCCCAAUCCCAUUGCAAUAUAUAAAUCAAUAAAAUAUGUCCAAAAUCAAACGUUAAAAUAGUGCUACUAAACAUUCAUAUUUACAUUCAGAUAUUUAUAUGUUUUUGUUUUGUUUUGCAAUUAUAUGUAUUAUGCUUGCUUAUUUUUCAAACAUUAAAACUUUUUAUUUGG